AUGAACACUUAUGAUUUUUGUACUUUGUGUUUGGCGCAGACAUUAGCCGCCGUUGCAGUUUUCGCGUCCGCCAUGAUGACCGCUUCUGCCAAACCAACUGAACUCGUGCCCGCCGCCGCCAUCGCUCCAGUGGCCGUUGCUACGCCAUACGCUAGCUCGUUCACGUCACACAGCGUGGCCCACAGCGUAGCCACCCCGGUCGUACCGGCCGCUCCGUACGUGGCCGCCGCUCCAUACGCCGCGGCACAUGCACCAUACGUCGCUUCGCCUUACGCGGCCGCACUUUACGUCGCCGCGGCUCCUUACGUGGCCUCUCCUUACGCCGCGUCGCCAUACGGGGCCUCUCCUUACGGUUACUACCCGUACGCCGCUCCAGCUUACCAGCUUACCCCUAUAGCCUAUAUAUAUAAGUUAUAUAAAAUUAAAACAUGACACUUUUCUUCUGGGUACACAUAACAAACAUUUAAAUGUUAAAGAAUUAUUGAGAGUAUUGGUUGCAGAAUCAAAUAUUUGUUGAAAAAAAGCACUAACGCACGGCCAUUUUAAACUAUUUGAAGAUUGAAGAUCUCUUGUAUUUUCAC